AUGGGAUCGAGGGCUCCGCGCGACUGGAAGGCUGACGCCGCCUGGGUCCCCGUUCGAAACGAGCGCCGCGGGCGGGAAACCGCGCGCGCGCGCAGACAACGCUUGUUACGAGAGCGGCGGGAACACCUGCAGCCCCAGGAGGUCCGGACGUACCUGCAGCUCAUGUUUUUCUGCGCCAUUUACUUCCUAGUUUGCGUAACUGCAAUAUGCGCGUUUUUCUACAUUCAAAAGCAACGUCGCAUGGCCGCUGCUACUUCUGCAGAGUCCACAUGUGGAGAAUGCCAAAAAAACGGCUGAAAAAUAAAGGACAGCAUAAAUAUAAUUAGUGUAAUUGUUUUAGAAAAGCACUAUGAUCAAAACUGGU